GCGUCCGGGCCGGGGGUUGCGCGAGCCGCCGGGGCCGCCGCCGCAGCACCUGUCGGCGGGCCGGGGCUGAGCCGGGGUGGGCAUGGCGGCGGGCGCGGCGCGGCUGUGCUGCUGGGCGCUGCUCUGCCUGCUCUGCUCCGGCCGCCUGCCUGGCGCAGAGCCGGUGGCGGUGAUGUCGGUGGACGUGGGCAGCGAGUCGAUGAAGAUCGCCAUCGUGAAGCCCGGCGUGCCGAUGGAGAUCGUCCUGAACAAGGAGUCACGAAGGAAAACACCCGUGGCCAUUUCUUUGAAGGAGAAUGAGCGUCUCUUUGGUGAUAGUGCGCUAGGAAUGUCCAUAAGGACCCCCAAGGUGGCAUUCAGAUACUUUCAGGAUCUGCUGGGUAAGCGUAUCGAUAACCCCCACGUAGCGCUGUACCAGUCCCGAUUCCCAGAGCACGAACUGGUGAAGGAUGAAAAAAGGCAGACUGUUAUCUUCAAGUUGUCCCAGACAAUACAGUACUCUCCGGAGGAGAUGCUGGGGAUGGUCCUGAACUAUUCACGUGGUCUGGCUGAGGAAUUUGCAGAGCAGCCCAUUAAGGAUGCGGUGAUCACAGUUCCUGCAUACUUCAACCAGGCGGAGAGGAGAGCAGUUCUGCAUGCUGCUCGCAUUGCUGACUUGAAGGUGCUGCAGCUGAUCAACGACAACACUGCUGUAGCGUUGAACUAUGGUGUUUUUAGGAGGAAAGACAUCAAUGCCACUGCGCAGAAUAUCAUGUUUUACGACAUGGGAGCAGGAAGCACCGUUUGUACUAUUGUUACGUAUCAGACAGUGAAAACUAAGGACUCGGGAACCCAACCUCAAUUGCAGAUCCAGGGCAUUGGGUUUGACCGUACUCUUGGAGGUUUAGUGAUGGAGCUUCGUCUCCGGGACUAUUUAGCAAAACUCUUCAACGAUCAGCACCCUUCAAAAGAUGUCCGAAAGAAUCCCCGGGCCAUGGCCAAACUACUAAAGGAGGCCAACCGCCUGAAAACUGUCCUGAGCGCGAAUGCUGACCACAUGGCACAGAUUGAGGGGCUACUGGAUGACAUUGACUUCAAGGCCAAAGUCUCAAGGCAAGAAUUUGAGGAUUUGUGCUCUGACUUAUUCCAGCGCGUCCCAGGACCUGUGCAGCAGGCUCUGAGCAGUGCAGAGAUGAACCUGGAUGGAAUUGACCAGGUGAUUCUAGUUGGUGGUGCCACACGAGUCCCCAGAGUGCAGGAGGUUUUGCUGAAAGCUGUGGGCAAAGAAGAGCUGGGCAAGAAUAUCAAUGCUGAUGAGGCUGCUGCUAUGGGUGCAGUCUACCAGGCAGCUGCUCUGAGCAAAGCCUUUAAGGUGAAGCCUUUUGUCAUUCGGGAUGCUGCUGUGUUUCCUAUCCAGGUGGAGUUUACUCGUGAAGUUGAGGAAGAUGAUAAAUCCAGGAGUUUAAAGCAUAACAAGAGGAUUUUGUUCCAGCGCAUGGCACCCUAUCCACAGCGCAAAGUUAUCACUUUCAACCGCUACACAGAUGACUUUGAGUUCUAUGUCAACUAUGGAGAUCUGUCUUUCCUGACCCAGGAUGACAUGCAGAUUUUUGGUUCUCUCAAUCUCACUACUGUGAGGCUAAAGGGAGUUGGGGACAGUUUCAAGAAGCACUCAGAUUAUGAAUCCAGAGGCAUCAAAGCUCACUUCAAUAUGGACGAGAGUGGAGUGCUAAGUCUUGACCGGGUGGAAUCUGUGUUUGAGACCUUGGUGGAAGACAAGCUGGAGGAGGAGUCAACACUGACAAAACUUGGAAACACCAUCUCAAGUCUGUUUGGGGGUGGUGGCCCUACACCAGAGACUGGAGAGAACCUGACAGAUUCGGUUCAGGAAGAAGAAGAGAGCCUAGCAGAAACGGGUAAAGAAGAGCAAGAAGAGAAACAAGACCAGAAAAGCAGUGCAGAAGAUGCUGGUGAAGAACAGGGAGAAAGGAAACGGCAGUCUCCAGGUCAGGCAGAAACUGCCCCUCCGAAAGCAGAGUCAGAGAAGGAGGAAGAAGGCGAGAAAUUAGAGUCUCAGGAUCCCAAAGAAAAUAGAGAAACUGUGAAAGAGGAAGAACCGUCCAGAAGUUCCAGUGACAGCACAGUUACCAAAACAGUUGAAGAGAAGAAGAUCAAAGCACCCAAAAAGCAGAAGCUUGUCCACGAGAUCACCAUGGAACUGGAUGUAAACGAUGUGCCUGACCUGCUGGAGGAUGAACUGAAGAGCUCAAUGAAAAAACUCCAAGACUUGACAAUCAGAGAUUUAGAGAAACAGGAAAGAGAAAAAUCGGCCAACAGCUUAGAGUCCUUCAUCUUUGAGACCCAGGACAAGCUUUACCAAGAGGAAUACCAGUUUGUCUCAACAGAGGAGCAGAGAGAAGAAAUUUCCAGGAAGCUUAAUGAGGCUUCCAGUUGGAUGGAGGAGGAGGGCUAUGCAGCCACAACUAAGGAGCUGAAAGACAAGCUUUCAGAGCUGAAAAAGCUUUGUAGGAACCUCUUCUUUCGUGUGGAGGAAAGGAGAAAGUGGCCAGAACGCCUGGCUGCCCUGGAAAGUCUGCUCAACCACUCAACCAUCUUUCUCAAGGGGGCCCGAAUGAUUCCAGAGUCUGACCAGAUAUUCACAGAAGUGGAACUAACUAUGCUGGAAAAAGCCAUCAAUGAAACAACGAUCUGGAAGAACGAGACGCUGGCUGAGCAGAACAAGCUCUCCCCUACUGAGAAACCCAUCCUGCUGUCCAAAGAUAUAGAGCUUAAGAUAGCAACCCUGGACAGGGAAGUCCAGUAUCUUCUGAAUAAGGCCAAGUUUGCAAAGCCCAAACCCAAAAAGGAGAAGAACACCACAAAAACAGAUUUGGGCAAGAAUGCUACAGCAGCCUCUGAGACUGAGAACACUAUCCCUCCCACGGAGGGGAAACAAGAAGAAAAACCUGAGGAUAUUGGUCCAGCUAAGGAAUCUCCUACAGCUGAGAAAGUGGCAAUAGAUGAUAAGCGUGGAUCAGACUCUGGGUCCAAAAAAGAUAAGACAGAAGCUGAAGGAGAAAGCAGGAAGAACGAUGAGUUAUAACAUCCCUGAAUUCCUACUGGCAUCAACAUUUAUUUAUUUCAUGAUUACUUUCUUGUUUUUAUCAUGGACCUGGUUAGUCAUGAUGUAAAUGGAACACAACAAGCAGUCUGACAACAAAAUGGGAUAGAGGUGUACUUUUUUUUUUUCUUUCUGGGGAUUUUGCCGCUACUAACUUAGUGAUUUUUUUUUUUCUUAUGUGUUUAAGGCUGGCAAUGUGCCCACCGAGAAUUGUCUGUUUCAGUACAGAAGUCACCAAAGUGACUUUUCUGUGGAGAGAAAGCAGUAAAGAAACAUCUUAAGCUUUAGGAAGUAACUUGGAACGUAAACUCUGCCAUGCCUCCUCUGCUAGAGAGAAAGGGGGUUAGUGCAGAAGCAUACAUAGUUGAGAUGGUGUUAUCUGUGUGUAUGAAGCCCUAGCUUAAAGAAAUUGUGUGAUUUUUGGCUGAUAGGAGGUGUGUUCUCGUUUGCGUUCCUGGGAAGGUGGAAUGGAGUUGGGGAGGCAGCUGCUCCGUCCUUUGAGAUAACACGAAUGUGUCUGUUUUCUAUAGACUGUUGUUAAAACCGUCUCUAUCUGUGCUCUGUAGCAGAGUCUGAAAACCCCGAACUGAGAGCUGACAAAAAGGUUCUGUAUAGUUUACGAUAAGAAAAAAAAAAAUAAUGCAGAAACGGCAACACCAACUGCUGAGGAGGAGGGUGAAAGUGGAAAUGACUUGGUGCAGCUGGUACUUGGGCCAGCAGCCGGUAACGGGGCGCAGGGGUGGUGCAGGGCGAGGACACCCCAAACCUGGCAGAGCUGAUUGCGACCCUCCUCCUUCCUCGGCCCCUGGCGUGCUUGGAGCGGCUUCACUGCAACCCUCUGCGUCCUUGGCCGUGGCGGGGCCGGGGGUCGUGCAGACACCUGUGAGUGUGCACCUGGCGCUGUGCUCCAUCCUGGCCUCUUCACCCCGAAAUAAAAACCUCCGUUCUGA